AUGGCAUUGUACUCACUGGGGCUGUGGCCCCUGCUUGUGACCUGCUGGACCCUCCCUCCUGGUCUGGUUGGGAAGGAGUCCCUGAGUCUCCUGGGCGGUGGAAACCGCUGUGAGGGCCUCUUGCAGGUGCAGUACUUGGGCCACCAGGGCCCUGUGUGUGGGGACCACUGGGGCAUGGGAGAGGCAUCAGUAACCUGCAGACAGCUUGGCUGUGGCCCUGCACUAUCAGCCUCCAAGUAUGUUCUGAGGCCCCAAGAGAUAGGGCCUCCUUGGCUGCACAGUGCCCACUGCCAGGGUGAGGAAGCUUCUCUCUGGGAGUGCUCCCUCGGGACAUGGGGGCCACUGAGCAGCUGUGAGUGCCAGUGUGUGGCAGUGAUUACUUGCUCAGAUGGUACCAUGCAACAAGUCAGAUUGGGCGGCGGUGGCAGCCCCUGUGCUGGGGUCCCUGAGGUGGUGAAUCCAGCUGGCUCUGUCCUAAGGUGUGACUUGCACAAGGAGGAGGCCAGUGUCUUCUGCAGACAGCUGGGGUGUGGCUCUGCUUUACAAUGGUCCACAGCUCAUGGCAGAGGGGACCCUGGGGACAAGGGGCAGAAGUUUGUGACCUGCCAGGGAACGGAGUCCCUCAUCUUCAACUGCAAGAUGAACCUAAACUUCAUAGCGCAGUGUGAUCUCCCGGUGUACACUCAGGUGGUGUGCUCAGGACACACAGAGGCCCGGUUGGUCGGUGGCGAGCACCCCUGCUCCGGGCGCCUGGAGGUGAAGCGGGGCCUGACCUGGGGCACCGUAUGCGACGCAGACCUGGACCUGGCCACAGCUCACGUGGUGUGUCGAGAGCUGCGGUGUGGGGCGGCCGUGUCCACGCCCGGGGGCGCCCACUUUGGCCGUGGCUCUGGGCUGGCGUGGACAGAGGCGUUCCGCUGUGCUGGCAAUGAGUCUCUGCUGUUCCACUGCCCGCGAGGUCCCGGGAGCCAGUGCGGGCACAGUCGGGAUGCCGGGCUCACGUGCUCAGGGGAAAAGUUUCGACUGGUGAACGGCAGCAGCAGCUGUGAGGGCCGCGUGGAACUCCAGGUGGAGGGGGCCUGGGCACCCCUCUGUGCUGCCCACUGGGACUUGGGCGAUGCCACCGUGCUCUGCCACCAGCUCAAGUGUGGCCAUGCUGUGGCCACGCUGCGAGGAGGCCAUUUUGGGGAUGGGGAUGCUCCCAUCUGGCCUGACGCCUUUCACUGUGAGGGGACAGAGCCCCAUUUGUUCAACUGCACAGCAAGCACCCUGGGGGCCCCUGCCUGUGCCCCAGGAAACUCGGCUUCCGCAGUCUGUUCAGGUCUUCCCCAUGCCCUGAGGCUGAGAGAUGGUCAGAGCCACUGUGAUGGGCGCGUGGAGGCCUCCCUGAAUGGCACAUGGGGCCGAGUCCUGGAUGAUGCAUGGGAUGUACGUGGCGCACGCGUCGUGUGCAGGCAGCUUGGGUGUGGAGGGGCAGAGCUAGCCUACGACGCACAGGCUCCUGGCCACCGGGCUGUCCCGGUGGGGCUAAGCCGCGUGCACUGUCUGGGCAACGAAACCCGCCUGGGCCAGUGCAACCUGUCUGUGUCCCUGUGGGAGACGGCAGGGACUUCGAAGGACGUGGGCGUUGUGUGUUCUGGGAGCCUCCGGGUGCGGCUAGCCGCGGGGCCGGGCCGCUGUGCUGGACGCGUGGAGGUGUUCCACGGGGGAGCAUGGGGCACCGUGUGUGACGACGCCUGGGACCUGCAGGAUGCGCACGUGGUCUGCAGGCAGCUGGGCUGUGGCCGCGCCCUCAGCGCCCCGGGGGCGGCCCAUUUCGGGGCCGGAGCGGGGCUCAUCUGGCUGGAUGAACUGGGCUGUCAGGGCCAAGAGUCUGCGCUGUGGCAGUGCCCGUCGGGGGCCUGGGGCCAGCACGACUGCGGGCACAAGGAGGAUGCUGGGGUCUUCUGUUCAGAGUUCACGGAUGUGAGGCUACAGAACCACAGUGGACCGUGUGCAGGGCGGCUGGAAGUUUUCUACAAUGGGACCUGGGGUGGGGUCUGCCAGACUCUGAAUGCAGCCUCCCUGGGGGUCCUGUGUGAGCAUCUGGGCUGUGGGCCCCAAGGCCAGCUGCUGGCUGGGGCAGGGAGCUGGCCUGGCCCCGAGGCUCGCUGGCUGGCCUCCAUUCAGUGCAGGGACAGGCACGAUCGGUCCCUGUGGCAGUGCCCAUCAGCCCCCUGGGACCCGGAUUCCUGCUCUAGCGGAGAGGAAGCGUGGGUCCUGUGUGCAGAAAAGGCAGGAGUUCCGCAGGACCUUGGAGAGAGCCUGAACUGCUCAUCCACACUCAGCUGCCCAGAGGAGGGCGCGCUGCGUGUGCGUGGGGGCUCGGACAACUGCUCUGGGCGCGUGGAGCUUUGGCAUGCGGACUCCUGGGGCUCGGUGUGCGACGACUCCUGGGACCUGGCGGAUGCGGAAGUCGUGUGCCGGCAGUUGGGCUGUGGUCGGGCUGAGAAUGCGCUGUGGGGGGCCGCCUUUGGCCCUGGCUCAGGGCCCGUGUGGUUGGAUGAGGUGGGGUGCCGGGGCAGCGAGGUGUCCCUGAGUGAGUGCCAGGCUGAGCGGUGGGGACAUGGAGACUGCACGCACAAGGAGGAUGCGGCUGUACGCUGCUCAGCCCCUCCCUUGGCCCCUCCACCUGCCCCUGAGGCCUGGGCCCUGCUGGAGACAGCCUGCCUCGUCCUUGGUGUCCUCCUGGGCCUGGUCUCCCUGUUCCUGGGGACUCAGUGGUGCCGCCACAGAGCAGCCUGCCAGGGUUGUAGAAUGUCCGGGCACCCAUCCUGGGAGGGCGUCUAUGAGGACAUUGGAGCCAUGCCCCUGGGGGAGAAGGCUGAGGGGCCUGCAGCACCCACAGACCGGGUCCCGGAGGAGGAGUAUGACGACGCGGGAGAGCCAGAGCCUGAGCCCGAGGACGAGGACCGCCCCGGGGAGGAGGCAGCCGGGGUGCCGCUGAGCUGGGCGGGUGUGCACCUGUGCGCCCUGGCGUCCUCUGUGCUGUGGCUGCUGUUUGGUAGCAUGGGCCAGUCCCUGGCCCUGCUGCGGGGUGGAAACCGCUGUGAGGGUCUCCUGCAGGUGCAGCUCCUGGGCCAGCAGGGCCCUGUUUGCGGGGACCACUGGGGCCUGGGUGAGGCAUCUGUGAUCUGCAGGCAGCUGGGCUGUGGCCGUGCCCUGCUUACCCCCACUUAUGUGGUGUGGCCCCAGGAGGCACAGCAGUCCUUGCUGCAGGGCUUGCGGUGCCAAGGCAUGGAGGCCUCACUCUGGGAGUGUUCCCUGGCUGUGUGGGGGCCGCUGCGGGGCUGUGCGUGUGAGUGCAUUGGGGCCGUGCACUGCUCAGGUGGGCGCCUGGGGUCCGUGGGGCUGAGUGGCGGAGGAAGCCCCUGUGCAGGGACCCCUGUGAUCCAGGUGGCCGAAGGUCCUGUGAUUAGGUGUGGCUUGCACCAGAAGGAAGCCAGUGUCUUCUGCAGAAGGCUGGGGUGUGGCCCAGCACUCCAGGCCACCAGACCUCACCUCACAGGGAAGACUGGAAGGCCAGAGUUGAAAUUUGUGACCUGCAAGGGAACAGAGUCCACCAUCUUGAACUGCAGGUUCAACUUGAACCUCCUAGACCAGUGUGAACUCCCAACAGAUGCAGUGGUGGUAUGCUCAGGACACACAGAGGCCCGAUUGGUCGGUGGCGAGCACCCCUGCUCCGGGCGCCUGGAGGUGAAGCGGGGCCUGACCUGGGGCACCGUAUGCGACGCAGACCUGGACCUGGCCACAGCUCACGUGGUGUGUCGAGAGCUGCGGUGUGGGGCGGCCGUGUCCACGCCCGGGGGCGCCCACUUUGGCCGUGGCUCUGGGCUGGCGUGGACAGAGGCGUUCCGCUGUGCUGGCAAUGAGUCUCUGCUGUUCCACUGCCCGCGAGGUCCCGGGAGCCAGUGCGGGCACAGUCGGGAUGCCGGGCUCACGUGCUCAGGGGAAAAGUUUCGACUGGUGAACGGCAGCAGCAGCUGUGAGGGCCGCGUGGAACUCCAGGUGGAGGGGGCCUGGGCACCCCUCUGUGCUGCCCACUGGGACUUGGGCGAUGCCACCGUGCUCUGCCACCAGCUCAAGUGUGGCCAUGCUGUGGCCACGCUGCGAGGAGGCCAUUUUGGGGAUGGGGAUGCUCCCAUCUGGCCUGACGCCUUUCACUGUGAGGGGACAGAGCCCCAUUUGUUCAACUGCACAGCAAGCACCCUGGGGGCCCCUGCCUGUGCCCCAGGAAACUCGGCUUCCGCAGUCUGUUCAGGUCUUCCCCAUGCCCUGAGGCUGAGAGAUGGUCAGAGCCACUGUGAUGGGCGCGUGGAGGCCUCCCUGAAUGGCACAUGGGGCCGAGUCCUGGAUGAUGCAUGGGAUGUACGUGGCGCACGCGUCGUGUGCAGGCAGCUUGGGUGUGGAGGGGCAGAGCUAGCCUACGACGCACAGGCUCCUGGCCACCGGGCUGUCCCGGUGGGGCUAAGCCGCGUGCACUGUCUGGGCAACGAAACCCGCCUGGGCCAGUGCAACCUGUCUGUGUCCCUGUGGGAGACGGCAGGGACUUCGAAGGACGUGGGCGUUGUGUGUUCUGGGAGCCUCCGGGUGCGGCUAGCCGCGGGGCCGGGCCGCUGUGCUGGACGCGUGGAGGUGUUCCACGGGGGAGCAUGGGGCACCGUGUGUGACGACGCCUGGGACCUGCAGGAUGCGCACGUGGUCUGCAGGCAGCUGGGCUGUGGCCGCGCCCUCAGCGCCCCGGGGGCGGCCCAUUUCGGGGCCGGAGCGGGGCUCAUCUGGCUGGAUGAACUGGGCUGUCAGGGCCAAGAGUCUGCGCUGUGGCAGUGCCCGUCGGGGGCCUGGGGCCAGCACGACUGCGGGCACAAGGAGGAUGCUGGGGUCUUCUGUUCAGAGUUCACGGAUGUGAGGCUACAGAACCACAGUGGACCGUGUGCAGGGCGGCUGGAAGUUUUCUACAAUGGGACCUGGGGUGGGGUCUGCCAGACUCUGAAUGCAGCCUCCCUGGGGGUCCUGUGUGAGCAUCUGGGCUGUGGGCCCCAAGGCCAGCUGCUGGCUGGGGCAGGGAGCUGGCCUGGCCCCGAGGCUCGCUGGCUGGCCUCCAUUCAGUGCAGGGACAGGCACGAUCGGUCCCUGUGGCAGUGCCCAUCAGCCCCCUGGGACCCGGAUUCCUGCUCUAGCGGAGAGGAAGCGUGGGUCCUGUGUGCAGAAAAGGCAGGAGUUCCGCAGGACCUUGGAGAGAGCCUGAACUGCUCAUCCACACUCAGCUGCCCAGAGGAGGGCGCGCUGCGUGUGCGUGGGGGCUCGGACAACUGCUCUGGGCGCGUGGAGCUUUGGCAUGCGGACUCCUGGGGCUCGGUGUGCGACGACUCCUGGGACCUGGCGGAUGCGGAAGUCGUGUGCCGGCAGUUGGGCUGUGGUCGGGCUGAGAAUGCGCUGUGGGGGGCCGCCUUUGGCCCUGGCUCAGGGCCCGUGUGGCUGGAUGAGGUGGGGUGCCGGGGCAGCGAGGUGUCCCUGAGUGAGUGCCAGGCUGAACGGUGGGGACAUGGAGACUGCACGCACAAGGAGGAUGCGGCUGUUCGCUGCUCAGGUGAAUGA